UAUAAAAGGCAGAACGAUUUCAGAUUGUUCUCUCUGUUUCAGCCGAAGGCGACAAUGUCGAAGCGAGGGCGCGGAGGAUCGGCGGGUAACAAGUUCAGGAUGUCGCUGGGUCUGCCAGUGGCGGCGACGGUGAACUGCGCGGACAACACCGGGGCAAAGAAUCUCUACAUUAUUUCGGUGAAGGGGAUCAAGGGACGGCUGAACAGGCUGCCUUCCGCGUGUGUCGGGGAUAUGGUUAUGGCUACUGUGAAGAAAGGGAAACCCGAUCUUCGUAAGAAGGUGUUGCCAGCUGUCAUCGUCCGACAACGCAAGCCAUGGCGCAGAAAGGAUGGCGUCUUCAUGUACUUCGAAGAUAAUGCUGGGGUCAUUGUAAACCCGAAAGGCGAAAUGAAAGGUUCUGCAAUAACAGGUCCUAUUGGAAAGGAAUGUGCUGAUCUUUGGCCAAGGAUUGCGAGUGCUGCCAAUGCCAUUGUUUAGAAUCCGUCAUAUGUUUUGACAUUUGCCUUUGCUUUUCUAUUAAACAAUUCUGUGUUAUUGAGAUGGCAAUUUUGAUUUGGAUUUUUUUGCAUCGACGGACCGGUUCGAGGGAUUAUAUUAUGUAAUGGGUUUUCAAGAUUUGAUUUUAAUUUAUACUGCAGCAUAUAUUUGCUUUGAUGAUUUUA